AUGGAAGACGCCCUGGACGAGGACACACAGGCCGCACUGGAUGGGUUUGUGGGGAAGUACAGCUUCAGUGACAAGGAGCUAGAAGUAUUCAAGGAGCUGGUGGACAACAUGCGGGGCACAGCUUGGGGCCUCCUGGCCGCCACCGGCGUCACUGCACUGCUGUCAAUCACGCAGCAGGUACUGAAUGGCAACUUCCUGCCGACAGACAGCCUGUACAUGAAGGGCAUGGCACUGGCGCGCACAUUCAGGGUGCUCGACUCGAUAGUGCUGGCAGCCCUGGUCUACUUGGGAGCGCUGUGCUUCAAGAAGGUGGUUGCCACUGAGGAGAAUCAGCUGGCGUACUGUGUGCAGGGUCUUGUGCAGCUUGGGAUACUAUUCAUGCAGAUGGCGCCCAUUGCAUUCUGCUUGGCGGUUGUGGAUCUCAUGGUCGCUGCCAUCAGGUGGCCCGGCGUGAUGCUGUUUGCCGCGAUCGCCACAGCCGCUUUCAGUGUUAUACGGACGGGCGCAGUCGCGUACCUCCUUUCCAGGUACCGGCUGGGCAGCCCAAACACAGCAAAAGUGCUGCUGCUGUUUCGGGAGGGCUGGUCUGCCCUGCCAGCAUUCCCUCCAAUGGACCGAACAGCAGUCAUGGUUGUGGGCGCCACCAUGAUGCCCUACAGCCCACCCAAGCGCCGGCAUGCCAUCACACCGGAUGAGGAGGAUGGCAUGCCAGUGGACCUGCCCAAAGGCCUCAUGGAGAAGGCCCGGCAGGAGGCAGCCGAGUUCAGGGAGAGUGACAGUAAGCAGAAAGGCAGCGAGAGAGCGUCCAGCAGCGAGGCAGAGCGCAGCAGUGACGAGGGAAACAAAGAAGAGAGCGAGGGGAAAGACGGCGUGCAGGAGUAUGAGUUCACAGUGUGGGAGGACCGCAUUCUGGAGGUUGUAAUGGAAGCUAUGCGCAUGGCCGGCCUGGCACUUGCAGUUCGCGCCAUCGCAACUUUCUGCCUCGGGAUCACGGAAGUCCAGGCGAUGUCUGUGGGCGGCGCUUGGGGCUACUUCACGACUGAUCUGGUGGACCAGAGCGUUCGCGCGUGGCUGCUGUUUGCCUCAGCCGGCUGCUUUCAGAAGGUCAUCAAGCGCCAGGGCCAUGACAUCACCAAUCUCCUGGCAAGUCCCCACCUCAUUUUCACGAAACCCGGACGUUUUGGAGGAGCCUUCAGUGAGCAUCAUGCUGUGUGGAUUUUUGCGGUGGCAGGGAAGGAGGGCUUGGGGUCUUCGAACGGCAUCAGCCUGCUAUUUGCGCGCAUGCGCAAGCUGACAUGGGGGAUGACCACCUACAAGUGCCUGGAGUUUGCGGUGCUGCUCUUCAGCAAGACCCCAGUCUGGGCAGCCAUCUCAGGAUGGUUGCGAAAUGUUGCGCUGCCUGCUCUUCUGCGCUUCGUGCAGAACCAUCUGGCCUUCCUGCGCCCCCUGUUGACAGCGAGCGGAGUGGCGAGCUGA